CUAAUAGAGGAUUAUUCAAUGAAUGGCAAGCGCCUUAACUGGUAUUUAACAACGUGAGGUGCUCGAUGCUUGCUAUUCAUGGCGAGGAGUUCGUAGAGUGACAGUUUAACUUGAUCCACAAUGAAGCCUAACCUGUUUCAUGAGAUUUCUGGCGUUUUGCUGCUAACUGUGAUAGGGUUGGUAUUUCUUCCGAAUUCUUCAGCAGCGGUGGUCGAUACUACGCAGAAUGACGCAGUGGCGUCGCAUAAGUGCACUGGCAACACUUGUUCGGUGGAACAAUCAGAAAUUGCGGCUCGAGUUACAAGAUACCGGGACGUCAAUAUCAAUCCUUGCGACAACUUCUUCGGAUUCGCGUGUGGAGGCUACAAGAAAUCCGACAAGGCUGAUGAUUACAGUCAGCUGGAGGUCCUGAGGAACGAAAACAUUAAGAAGCUGAUCAAGAAGGGAACUUCUUCUGAUGCCAAACCAUACAAGCUGAUUGAUGACAUCUACAAGACCUGUGUUAACAAGAAUGCCAAAGGUCAGCAAGCUUUGGAGCUGAUGAAGAAAAUCAUCAAGACUUUGGGGAAUUGGCCGUUGUUGGAAGAUGAUAAGUGGAAGGAAGACGACUUCAAUUGGAUCGAUUUUACCAGCAAUGCUAAGAAGGUCGGUUACAAUAUCAACUACUUUUUGGAUUGGGAAUCUUCGACGAUCUACAAGGACAAGAAGAAGGUCAUCAGGUAUUCUGUUACGAUGGCUAGAACUCAUUUCAAUGGUACCAAAAGCAACGAAAUUGUUAAGCAGAAGUCGAUCUACACCGAGUUUAUGGUCAAGAUAGCAAAAUUAUUGGGCGCCAGUGACAACGCCAGCAAGGAUCUGAACGACGCAUUUGAUUUCGAAGCUAAGCUCCAAGAAAUAAACGGCAGGAACGCCUCCGAUUACACUCCACAAGUAACUUUAGGAAACUUUGAAAAGCAAAUCCCAGGAAUCGAAUGGAACAAGUUCAUUGAGAAGACCUUGAAACCCUUCGUGGAUCCUGAUGAGAAGCCGAUCAUGACAGCAAGGAACUUGACUGCCCUAACGGAAUUCGUUAAGCUGAUUGAGAAGACUCCUAAGCGCGUGCAAGCUAACUACGCCAUUUGGAAACUGAUCCAGUACACGCUGCCGUUCUUGCCUAAUGAGUACCAGGAGGAGCAGAAGGCCUUCCAGAAGCAGGUAGCUUAUACUGAAGCUCCGGUGGAAGACGUGUGUAUCCAAGCAGUCAAAAAAUACGCCAAGUAUGCCGUUAACUUACUGUACCUGGACCAGUACAAAAGCAGCCAGGAAACCAUCAAGACCAUGGUGGCGGCUGUCAAGGAAGACAUGAUCAAGAUGGUGAAGGAUUCCAAGACGUUGACUGAAGAGGAGAAAAACGGUGCUAUUGAAGUCGUUAAGAAGAUGAUCUAUUCUAUUGGACCCUCGGAAAAACUUCUGGACCCGAAGGAAUUGGAGAAGUUCUACGCGGAUGCUCAGGUUGUUGAAGACAACUUCUUGCAGACGAUCUUGAACUUGAAUCUGUUCAAACUGAAGAAGGAGCUGAGCAACAAGGUCCAGUCUGAAAUCUUCCCGUUCUUCAUCGUCAAGACGAUCCAUCCCGGGAUCCCAGAGAACUUCAAUGGAUAUUUGUACAUACCGAUUUCGAUGGUGUCCAGCCCGUACUUCAACGCGAACCGUCCAAUGUACAUGAACUUAGGCGCCAGUGGGAGCUACAUAGCGACGAAUAUCUUCAAGUCGAUAUCUUUCUUCGGUAGGAAGUCGACGGAAGCCGGGGAAUUGGUUACUAAUGACCGCGUUGAUUGCUUCCGCAACGAAUUCGUUAACCUGACUGACGCUUCCAAGCCCAAUCUACGCAACAGGACUGUGGAAGAGAUGAUCAGCUACUUUAUGGGGCUUCGAACUGCUAGGGCUACUUACCAGAACUACGUCGCCAAAAAUGGAGCCGAGCAACCUCUUACUGGACUGACUCACACUCCUGAACAGCUCUUCUGGAUGUCGUUCUUCCAAGGGCUCUGUCCUGUUUAUUCAAGGUUGAGCGAGGCUGACCUCAACAAAGUCAACCGGGAAGCUCUGAUGGUCAAGCUUCUGGCCAAUAUACCUGAAGUUGCUGUGGAUUUAAAGUGUCCUGCUGGGUCUAACCUCAAUCCUGAGAAAAGGUGUACCUGGUGGUAGUUUAGAGGAUUAGCGAAUUUUAGAAUUAGUUGUUUUACAAUUUAUGGUUGCACGUUUCAAAUAAAUGAUUUCAAUAUUU